AUUUAAGAGUUUGAGUUAUGGAGAUCUUCCAGUUAUAGAAGUUUGAGUUAUGGAAGUUCAACUGUAUAUUGAUAAGGCAUUAUAAGAAAUAUUUAAAAGAUGACGUUGUGUUUUGGGAAGAACUUGUUACAGAUUUUGAGUUAUUUGAUUGAAAACCAUUAAUUGAAAACAUUAAAUAUAUUAAUCCGUUAAUUUCACUACUGGCUAUGAUUGAUUUCUGCUAUCUUGCUCAAAAAGGUAGAUGUGAGUAAAAUAACAAAAUUCUCUCUCUACUUGUUCAAUCUUCAUUAAUAGGCUUUUGAUGUGUGCUAAUUGUUUAAGUGAAACAAUUUUGUGUUGUUGUUUUAUAUUUUAUACUUUUAUUUUUCACAUUCGUUAAUUUUUUUCUCUUUUAUUAUUUGAAUUUUAGCAUUAUUUAAACAUUAAAAGUUGGCAACACUGAUGAUCCCCCUAUUGGGCUCGGUGACAAAAAACGUACAUUUGACGUUGUGGCGCUAUUAUCUACAUACGAUUAUACAUAUACAUAUGUAUGUAUGUAUAUACAUACAUGACAAAUUUCUUGGUGUUUUCGAUUUUUUUUUAAUAUUUUCUUGUUGUUGCUGUUUAAGAAUGUGAAUGCAUUAGUAAAUGAAUUGAAAUUAGUUGACUUGCUCUCCAUCUUGAGAAACAAGUGCCAUACUUAUUCUAUGGUGCGCGAUAUGUGUGUGCAUACACAGGUAUGUGGAGAAUACAAACACAUAUACAUGUGUUAGUGUAUACAUAUGUAUAUGAAAUCGUAUGUGUAUGGCCGGCACCAGCCAUAAACCGGGCGACUCAACAAGAGAUACGUAUUUUUUUAGUGCCGCUUCUUUAGUGAGGGUACUACGUGGUGAGAGGUGAUGUGGCGCAGACAUGUUAGUCGUUAUCUGGUUAUUCACUGGCGUCGGAACGUUGGCACUACUCAACUCGUUAUGGUUGUGUAUAGAAAUUUGUUUGCGUUCGUGUGUAGUUGAUGAAUGCGAUUGUUUGUAUGCGUGCACGAGUAUCUGCUUUUGUAUAUAUAUAAAUAUGUAUGUGUCUGUCUGUGCCUGUGCCACGCCGCAUUUGUGUCUGAAUUAAAGGCGCCAUCAUGACGAUGUCGGUAACGUUACUAUUAUUUCUUUUAUUACGUCAGUGGCGCCCACUGGCGCCUGAUGUUUAAGAUGCCGCUGACUACCCGCCAGCCGGUUGCCUUGUGUUUUACUUGUUGUUGCUUUUACGUUUGCUAGUUUGACUGCACGCAAGCCAGAGCAAGCAAUAUUUUUGUUGGUUUUCUGUCCGCACUGCGAUUUCUGACUAGGUGUUGGAGGGUCUGGUUUUCGAUCGCCAGCAGCACGUCUCAACGCCGAUAUGUACAUACGUAUGCUUGUAUAAAUAUAAAUGUAUGUGUGCAUUUACCAUGUACAGGGUACAUAAAUACAUAUGUGUAGACUUGUUUUUAUAAAGAACUGAGAGGAUUGAGAACAACAUACAAAAGUGUUGAUGUUAAAAAAUAAUAAUAUUUGCAAUUUUUUAGUGAAUAAAAUUUGCCUUUAAUAUAAAUAAAUAAAUAUACGGUAACUCACAGAAGUAUUUUUCCAAAAAAUUUGCAUUUGAAUAUACUUGUAUGUAUGCAAAUGCUUAAUGUUUGAUGCAUUAAUUUCAUAUGAAAAGACUGCAAUACAACCGUUAUAUUAGAUGAUUGAUUACAUGAUUCGAUUAUUCAUGGUUACUGAUGAAUAUUACUAUGGAAAUCAUUUGAAGUUACAACUGUUGGAAAAAUGCUUACAUACAUUAGCCGGAAAAAGUUUACGCACAGAGCUAACAACGAUUUUGUAUGGUUCCUUAUGAAGUGAAUUCAGUAAUUUCCAAAGGAAAUUCUACACGCAAAUAGAAAACUCCAAACAUAUCAAAACCGAAAUUGAGGUGAUAAAUGCAAAAUUUACAAAAAAUCGUUACGGCAUAAAGUAGUAACUUAAGAGCAUUACCGCCUUCGUUUUAUGUUAAACCGAAAAAUUAAUUGAAUACAAAGCUUUUGCUUUAUGAGUGAGAGCGUUAUUUGCAUUGUUUGUGUUUUUAAUCAUUUAGUCCAAACAUACAGAUUGUAAAUGACAUACGGUUAUGACAAGCAUCAUAAGACUCAUCUCAGUUAGCAGUCUGUUAGAUUAAAUUUAUUUUUCUGUUAUUUUGAGUAAAAAUUUUGAGUGAUAUCGUAUGACUGUGAAAACAGCCGGUAAAACACAUCAAUCAGAUUGAAUAAUGCUUUUACAAUAAAUACAAUAAAUGUUCCGAAAACAUUUUAUGUCCCUCCAUGCUAUUUCGAAAGGACAAGGAACUAUGGCGUUAUGCGUCAAAAAACCUGUCAAGAGAUUUCGAUGGGAUGAGCAAUCAGCCACAACAGCCGCCUCUCCAUCAACAUCAACGCCCCCUUCAAACGGGUCUUCAAUGCCAGAACUCGGAGCAAUGCCAGAAUUCAUUUUGUCAUACUAUGAUUACAUCGAGCACGCUAACAUCCAAUCUCGAAUAUUUUGGUUCGUUUACGGAAGUAAGCUACGAACAGAAAGCGAACGAUUCCGAAAGUGGAUGCACUUGUGGAAGCGAUUGCGACGAUUUACCCGUCGUGACCAACGAAGAGGCACAAGCUCAAAACCAGAAACACCUCAAGCGCUCAUUGGAUUACUUACCGAGAUUAACCCAAUAUUCCCUUCAAUCGAACCUGAACCAGCUGAACUCAACUAUGUCGAUAACGAAUGCAACAACAGCUGCCUCAACUACAACGGGAACAUUUGCUGCUACAGUAAAUAUGUUGCGGAAUUGCUGUGGCGUCAGCGGUCUGUCAACAGAUUGUCCCUCAAGCACUCCUAUUUCAACGGUUUCCCAUCAAACCGACAAAGCAGAUGUCGGCCAACAACCAGUAGAUCGAAAACAAUCCCAACAAAUUUUCCGAAAGCUUAUGAAAAUGAUGAAUCGACAACAGCAAGGGGAAUUAUUGGAUUCAGUCAGAAGUCGAAAAGAUAUGUCGGCUCUGCACGAUUCACAAUGUAUUUUAUUAAAACGAUCGUUAAUUUACAAAGAAGAGCCGCAUGUGAUUUGUUGCCGGUUAUUCUUCUGGCCAAAUCUGAGAGAUGGAACAGAGCUGAAACGAUUGCCAAUAUGCUCAAACGACCGACACUCGAUUUAUGUGUGCUGCAAUCCUUUACAUUGGUAUCGGGUCCUCGACACAGAUACGGCUCCUCCGCCUUACCAGGAAACGGAGAGAUCGAAAUUAGAAGAAGAAGACUGCGCCAAAAUAUCAAACAACACAAAUUCUUCGACCAAAAAAAUGAAAAUAUCUGAUGUUAAAGAACAAAACUCCUGGUGCCAAGUGGCUUACUGGGAGCACAGCGAACGCGUUGGUAAUCGUUGUUCCGUACACAAACCUUUUGUAAACAUUUAUGCAGAUGGGAGAAUUAAUAACAACGACAGUCAGGAUAUAUGCUUAAGGGAUUUAACUGCAGAUAAGAGUACACCAUCUCGAGAGGAUGUUGAAUGUACGCGUCAAAAAAUUGGUUUUGGUUUGUUACUAAGUCAUGAGUCGGACGGAAUUUGGCUUUACAACCGCUCCAUGGCACCGGUUUUCAUUUUAUCACCAACCUUGAAUGAAAGUUUGUCAUGUGUUUAUAAAGUGACACCGGGAGAUUGCCUGAAAGCUUUUGAUAUUAAUAGGGCUCAAUCGCUGAUUUGUUCUUCACAAUUUCCUGGCGCAGAAGUAGGUCCAAUAAAUACGCGGAGUGUCUGCAUUAGUUUUGUUAAAGGUUGGGGAAAACACUACACACGGCAAAAUAUUAUGAAAUGCCCUUGCUGGCUUGAAAUAUCUUUUACCCAGCGGUGACAUUCUAUUACUAUUCUACUUGAAAUAAAAACUGCAUAAAUU